AUGAGACCCGGAGGAUAUGCGCAUGCCAGGCAAACCGCGCUGUUGGUCUUCAGCGCCCUCUCGGGUUUGGCGUUCUUGCCUGGUGUGCGAACGUUUGGGGGUCCCAUCAUGGGCCAGUUCAAGUACCUGGGCGGAGCACGAGCAGAUGAUGGCAGCAUCUAUGGCAUCCCUGGCCAUGCAAAGCGGGUGCUGCGCAUUGAUCCCAAGACGAAGGAAGUUCAACUGAUAGGCCCCAGGUUGGAUGGGAAGUUCAAAUGGCUCCGAGGAGUCUUAGCUGGCGAUGGCUGUAUCUACGGCAUCCCCGCCCAUGCCGACUCGGUGUUGAAGAUAAAGCCCAGCACAGGUGAGGUCUCGCAUCUUCCGGUCCCUCCCGGCCGUUGGAAUCGUUGGAAGUGGCAUGGCGGAGUGCUGGGGCCGGAUGGCGCUGUGUAUGGCAUCCCCUGCAACGCUGGAGGAGUCCUGAAAGUGGUGCCCGAGACCGGGGAGGUGAGCGUCCUUGGAGCACUUCCGGAGGGUUGCAACAAGUGGUACGGUGGCCUACUGGGCAAUGACGGUGCCAUCUAUGGCAUCCCCUACAAUGCCGCCAAGAUCUUGAAGAUUGUUCCGGACACCGGCGAAGUCUCAUUGUUCGGGGAGCUGCCAGAGGGCAGCUGGAAGUGGCAUGGUGGCACGAUUGGCCCGGAUGGAGCGAUCUAUGGCAUUCCUUCACAUGCCCAACAGGUAUUGAAGAUCCAGCCGGGUGGAGGUGCCACUUUGCUGGGGGAGCUGUCGCCAAAACCAUUCAAAUGGGGUGGCGGAGCUGCGGACUCGCGUUUUGUGUAUGGCUUUCCAUCAAAUGCUGAUUCCGUGCUGAAGAUAGAUACGGUGACCAACGAGGUCUCGCUCAUGGAGAAUUUCCAGGUGCCUGGCAAAUCCAAGUGGCAGGGUGGGAUGCUUGCCAAAGAUGGGGCAAUCUAUGCCAUUCCAGACCGCGCCAGCGGAGUUCUUCGUAUCGAUUCGUCCGGUGCCUCUGUAGUCGAAAGCGAUGCUGGGCCGAUGCUGGGGAACUUCAAGUGGCAAGGGGCAGUCAUGGCAGAGGAUGGAACCAUCUAUGGCCUCCCCAACCGAGCGAAGAGCGUGCUGGAGAUCCAGCCGGCAUGA